AUGAAAGAUCAUGAGAAUGAUGCUGGUAAGCUGAAGGAGCGAAUGAGGUUUGCAUACCAGGUUACAUCUGAUGAGUCUGGAAAUCAAGCUGAACGCAACAAGGAGAGGUACGAUCAAAGCAUGAGAGAGACGAAGCUGAAAGGUGGAGACAAGGUUCUGAAAAAGUCAGUAAAUAUUCCUUCUGAUAGAAGUGAUUCUGAAUCUUGUUCAGAUGCUGGUAGUGAUGUAUCUCAGAAUGUUUACAUUAUCCCACAUAGAAGAGGUCAGAGAAUAAAUUCUCAGGAACUGGAGUUUGCUGUACAUAAGAGGGAUGAAAUCAUACAACAGCUUUCAGCCCAGUUACAACAUCUUACAGCACAAAGUUACAGCGAGGAAGCCACACAUCUUGCACAACAGGUGCAGAUUUUACAAAGUCAACUACAGCAUGCUGGAAAAGUACUGCAGUCACAGACAGACAAGCAAGCACAAACAUCUCAUGCACUUCAAGACGCAACGCAAGAAAUUGUGUCCCUCCAACAGACCAUCACAGACAAGGACGGUAUGAUGAAUCAGCUGGCAGAAAGACUCGAUCUAAUCUCAAAGGAAUACACUAAACUUAAAGAAUCACAUGAGACCACAAAGCUACGCGAAAAACAGACCAAUGAGGUUGUUCAGAAGCUCAUGAUGGAUGCAGAACAAAUGCGGAAACAGAAAUCAGAAAUUUCAAAUUCCAACAGUAUGUCUGGUCCCUCUAGUCCAGUUAGUCCAAUACCAGUAGUUAGUCAAGGAAUGGUUAGUGAAUCAGAGGUCAAAGCCAAAAUGGACGCAUUACGAAGUGAACUAGAGGAAACAUACGGGCUACACUUCGCUCAGAUGAAACAGGCAGUGGUUCAACAGUUUCAGGAGGAGAAGGUAGCUCUUGAUUCAGAACUAGUCAAGGUGAAGACAGCCCUGGAGAAAGCGAUGAGAGAGAAUGCUGAUUAUCACAAUCGACUUGAACACUACAUAAGCACUGACAAUGAAGUUGGGCAAUUUCAAGAGGAAUGCAAUAUGUAUAAAUCACAAUGUGACCAGUUGAGGAAACUUGUGGAACAGUUUCAGGCACAGAAUGAGGAUUAUUGUAAAAGACUCCAGGAUUCUGAACUGGCAGCUACCAAUGUAAAGGAACUACAGGAUGAAUGUGUUUUAUACAAAUCUCAAAAUGAUGAGUUGAAGAAUAAAAUAAAUUGUCAGCAAGAUUCAGUAGUUAGUUUACAAUCUGAUUUGGACAAUCUGAUGUCGGAAAACAUUCGGCUGAGAGAGCAAAUGAACCUAUUGUCACAGGAUCUGGAUUCUCAGAACACAGAAAUUGAGGAAGCUUUCCUGGAAAAAAGCCAAUAUAUUGAGAAAGCAAAGAAAUUGGAGGAAGAAGUUGCUUUACUCAAGUCAGAAAACGAGGAGUUCAGAAGUAAUAAUUUAAAGAUGGAGGAUACAAUUUCCUCUUUGAAGGAAGCUCUUAGUGAGUCUGAAACAUCUCAACAAAGGGUUGAAUCUACUGUAUUAGCUCAGGGGAAGUCGGAUGCAGGGAUUAAGAUUGACGGUGUGACAUCAAGUGAAUCAAAUGAUGAAAAAGAGAGUGUGAUAGAAGAAUCACUUUCUCUUGUUCACCAAACUCCAUCGAAGGAAAUGCCCACAGGUGCCACUGAAUCAGGCGUCCAACUUGACGGACAAUCUACCAUGUGUGUUCAGGAAGACAUUAUGUUAGAGAAUGCCUCUCUUGCCUUUAGUGUUCAGACACAUGAUGAGAGCUCUUUGUUGGGGACCAAUUCUACAUCAGUUUCAUUGGAGCAAAACAUGUCAAGUGAUGCAUCUAAUGAUAGUGAAGCCACUCUUACAAAUGAUAGCAGCAAUGUAGCCGUAAAUGAGUCCUCACUGCAAUCAAAUUCAGUAGUUACACAAAACGAACAGUAUGUUUCUCAGAUAGAGGCCUUAAAGGUAGACUUGGUCAGACUUGUGGAUGAGAAAACAUUUGCGUUGUCAGAGAUUGAGAAAUUAAGUGAUGAAAUUUUGGUGCUAAAGGACAUUGGAAAUAAAGCAGAAGUUGAACUGCGAGAACUUUGCCAUGUUAAAUCAGAAAAUGAAGCGUAUCAAAAGGAGAGAGAGGAACAGAUAGAAAGUAACCUGACGCUAAUGACAGAUGUACAGAGUGCCAAUCUCAUCAUUGAAAACCUUGAGAAAGAACGAAAUCAUCUACUUGUUAGCAACAAAAAUUUAGAGGAGAAAAGCAAAGACAUUCAUGCAAAGUAUGAGGAUAUUUCUGUUUUAAAUCAAAGACUUGUUGCAGAGUUGGCAUCGUUGGGACAAGACCAGGCUGCUUUGGUUCAAUCAGAUUCUAGACAAGAAACCAGCAAUAGAACUGAUGAAUCACAACCACCACAAGAUGACUCUGAGUUUUUGUCUGGGCAGUCAUCCCAUUUAGACUCAGAUAGUGCAUCAAGGCUCUGUCAGUCCUCUCUUGACCAAGAUCAGUUAUCACAACUUAACAACCACCAGUUGCCACAAUUUGACAGGAGUUUCUUCUGUGGGAGACAAGAAGAAGUUCCAUUGCAAGCCCAGGACAUGAGUCGUACAAAUAGUGGUUAUCUCAGAAAUAUUAACAACAAUAACAGCAAUCAGAGUAGGCAAGAAGAUAGUGAAGAUUUGGGACUGAAAAAGACAAAGGAAGAUAAUCACAAGAAAGUGGCAGAUCUGGAACAGGAAAUCCUUCACAUGCAAACACAUGUCGAUGACCUUCACACCAUGAGAGCAAAACUUCAGGAGCAUAUUGAGCAUUUAAGAAAGGAAGCCAAGGCUUUAGAGAAAUCUUCACAACCACAUGACUUGCAAAGUUUUAAUACUAUGGAGCCUGUCACAGAUAUUUCAAAUACUGUUGUGAAUGAACUCAUGGACAAGAAUAAAGCUCUGCUAGAAGAGAAAGAUUUGCUAACUCGAAAAAUCAGUGCAUUGGAAUGGCAGGUGACAGAACUCCAGACAGAGAGGAAGAGAACCACAGACAAGUCAUCUUUACCUGUAGAGGAGGUGAUGGUACAGAACGUAGUAGAGGUGGAGGAGGCUGUAGUUAGAGAGUCACAUGGCACAUGGACAAAGCCACCACAACAAAGUUCACUGUCCUCCCAAGAUUCCAUUGAACAGGAAAUAAGGGUUCAAGACUCCCAAAAUUCUGUAUUUCUUGAGCAGGAAGUGAUAGAAGAUAUGGUCACACAAACUGGAUUCCAAGGAUCGUGUGGAGCAGCAAUCUCAUCCCGAAUGUCUCCAGACUCCAUUGACCAUUUGGACAAUGAUGACCACAUGAAUGACAUUUCUUCAGAUUCUAUAGAACAGGAUGUGCCAAGAACCGAGAGACACCAAGAGAGGGUAAGGAAUUCCAAGUGCAUGCUUUCAGUUAAUCCAAGUUCGUUGAUUCCUAGUUGCUCCGGUGGUGCUGGUAACUCCCCAACUACUAAGAUUGGUUUAGAUUCUGCUUCCAUUGACAAUGGUGUUGAUUCCUUUACUAGCAGUGGCGACCCAGUUGGUUCAAAGUAUGAGUCAGUUGGUCAUGAUGGGGCUAACAUUAUAGGAGAUUUUACAGACAGUGGGGAUUAUUCAGAUUCAGAUAAACCUGGUGACAGUUGUCAGAUGAACUAUCAGGGAUGUGAUUCAGCUAGUCAGAUAUUGACUAAGCUUGAAGAUACUUCUCCUGACCAGGCCAUGAUUCAGUUGGAUAGUAAAAAUGAUACACAAACCACUGACUUCCUAGUAUUACAAGAAAAAUAUCCUGAGAAUCAAACAGAAAUCCAGACAAUGGCUGGAGAGAAUGUUGCACUCAAAGAGAGGCUUCAAGAUUAUUGUGAACACUGUGAUAGUUUUAGGGCAGAAAAUGUUACUUUGUUCUCUUCCAAGGAAGACAACCUAAGGGAAUUAUAUUCUUUACAGAUUGAAUAUGACACUUUGCAAGAGAGAUUAAAACAGGUGGAAUUAGAAAAUGCAAACCUUGUUUCCAAGUGUGAAGCUCUACAGAAAACUAGGUCAGAGCUGGAAAUUCAGUCGAUGGAUUUAAAAGAAAAGCUUGACCCUGGUGAUUUAGAAAAACACUCUGAGAAUGAAGUUGAGAAUAUGUUUGAAGUUGAAAUGUUGAAAAACGAUGGUCAAGAGCUGAAAGUGAGAGAUUCAGACCAACAUGUUAAUGAAUGUGGUCGUGAUCAACAUGACAAUGAAUCCAAAUCCUUGUGGCAAAGGAAUGAUGAGCUGGUUUUGCAAAAUCAGACUCUGCAAAAACAGCUGCAUGAUAUGAAGGGCAAAAGUUUCAAGAUGGAAAAGGAUGAUGAUUCAAGAACAGAUACAGUAAAACUAAAUCCAAAGGAAGUAUUACAAGAAGGAGGCAAAGCUGAAGAAGAUUUGCAAUCCGUUCUCAGUCAGGUUCUGCAACAAAAGGAACAACUGGAAAAACAAUUAGAACUUUAUGCAUCAGAACGACAUCAAAUGGUGACUGAUUUUGAGGAGAAAUUCAAACUUGUUCAGGAAACGUCAGUGCCUUCGUAUGUAAAUGAGGAUGAUUUGACAAAUUUGAAAAGUGUGUGUUGUAAGUUGAAUUUGGAUGUAGAAAACCUUAAACAAGAGAAUGUGAAAUUAAGUACAGACAACGAGAAACUUGUCAAAGACCUGGAAUCCAAAGAGAAGGAGAAGAAAAAAUUGACUCAAUCCCUGGAAGAAAACAAAGCAAAAUUUAUUCGCAAUAAAGCCAAAUUAGUAAAACUUGAGAAAACAAAUACAGGGAAAACUUCAGGGGAUAUACAACAUCUGGAACACUUAUUACAAAGUAAAGAGGAAGAAAAACAGCAACUGAAACAAAAAAUGGAAAAUGUCCUACUUCAAAUGGUGAAUGAUAACACUACCCUGAAGGAGACACUGCGAUUCACCAUGGACAAACUCAGAGAGGAAAAGGAAGAAACUGAAAAAACGAAGCAAGUUGUGGAGGGAAUCAUGAAAACUAAUAGUGAAUUGCUUGAGCAAACAAAAAAUACAAAUAUGGACAUUGAUAGUUUAAAAGCUGAAAGGAGUUUAGCAGAACAAUCUAUCCAGAUGUUGGAAGAACAUCGGGCAACUAACCAGACUGAGAUAGAGAAACUGACUCACUCAUUAGAAAGAGAAAGGUGUCGUGUUUCUGAGUUGGAAGCACAAUGUCAAGAACUUCACAUGGUGUUUGAAAAAGUGAAAGAGGACUUAAGGAUGAGUGAAGAUGAUUUCAAUUCUUCUAUACAAUCCUACCAGGAUAAAUUGAAUGCUAGCAAACUAGAUUGGCAAGAAUUGAUGACAGCUUUAGACACAGAGAGGUUAAAUGCUGGAAUAUUGAAGAAACAGUGUGAAGAUCUCAAAACUGAUCUGGAAAAGGAAAAAUUAAAUUCAGAAAUAUUGAAGAAACAGUGUGAAGAUCUCAAAGUUGAAAUGGAAAAGGAGAAAUCAAGUGCUAGAAUGUUGGAAAAAGAGUGUGAGGAUCUCAAAACUGAUCUAGAAAAGGAAAAAUCCAAUUCAGGGAUAUUUGAGAAAGAUUGUGAGGACCUCAAACGUGAUGUGGAAAAGGAAAGAUCCAAUUAUGGAGCAUUGGAGAAAGAGUUUGAGGAUCUCAAAAGUGAUCUGGAAAAGGAAAAAUCAAAUUAUGGAACAUUAGAGAAAGAGUUUGAGGACCUCAAAAGUGAUCUGGAAAAGGAAAGAUCCAGUUAUGGAACAUUGGAGAAAGAGUUUGAGGAUCUCAUAAGUGAUCUGGAAAAGGAAAGAUCCAGUUAUGGAACAUUGGAGAAAGAGUUUGAGGAUCUCAUAAGUGAUCUGGAAAAGGAAAGAUCCAGUUAUGGAACAUUGGAGAAAGAGUUUGAGGAUCUCAAAAGUGAUCUGGAAAAGGAAAGAUCAAAUUAUGGAACAUUGGAGAAAGAGUUUGAGGAUCUCAAAAGUGAUCUGGAAAAGGAAAGAUCCAGUUAUGGAACAUUGGAGAAAGAGUUUGAGGAUCUCAAAAGUGAUCUGGAAAAGGAAAGAUCAAAUUAUGGAACAUUGGAGAAAGAGUUUGAGGAUCUCAAAAGUGAUCUGGAAAAGGAAAGAUCCAGUUAUGGAACAUUGGAGAAAGAGUUUGAGGAUCUCAAAAGUGAUCUGGAAAAGGAAAAAUCUAAUUAUGGAACAUUAGAGAAAGAGUUUGAGGAUCUCAAAAGUGAUCUGGAAAAGGAAAGAUCCAAUUAUGGAACAUUAGAGAAAGAGUUUGAGGAUCUGGAAAAGGAAGAUGAUUAUGGAACAUUGGAGUUUGAGGAAAGGAAGGAUCAUAAGUUAAUUAUGGAACAUUGGAGAAAGAGGAUAUUUGAGAAAGAUUGUGAGGAUCUCAAAAGUGAUCUGGAAAAGGAAAGAUCCAAUUAUGGAACAUUAGAGAAAGAGUUUGAGGAUCUCAAAAGUGAUCUAGAAAAGGAAAGAUCAAAUUAUGGAACAUUGGAGAAAGAGUUUGAGGAUCUCAAAAGUGAUCUGGAAAAGGAAAGAUCAAAUUAUGGAACAUUGGAGAAAGAGUUUGAGGAUCUCAAAAGUGAUCUGGAAAAGGAAAGAUCCAAUUAUGGAGCAUUGGAGAAAGAGUUUGAGGAUCUCAAAAGUGAUCUAGAAAAGGAAAGAUCAAAUUAUGGAACAUUAGAGAAAGAGUUUGAGGAUCUCAAAAGUGAUCUGGAAAAGGAAAGAUCAAAUUAUGGAACAUUAGAGAAAGAGUUUGAGGAUCUCAAAAGUGAUCUGGAAAAGGAAAGAUCAAAUUAUGGAACAUUAGAGAAAGAGUUUGAGGAUCUCAAAAGUGAUCUGGAAAAGGAAAGAUCAAAUUAUGGAACAUUAGAGAAAGAGUUUGAGGAUCUCAAAAGUGAUCUGGAAAAGGAAAGAUCAAAUUAUGGAACAUUAGAGAAAGAGUUUGAGGAUCUCAAAAGUGAUCUGGAAAAGGAAAGAUCAAAUUAUGGAACAUUAGAGAAAGAGUUUGAGGAUCUCAAAAGUGAUCUGGAAAAGGAAAGAUCAAAUUAUGGAACAUUAGAGAAAGAGUUUGAGGAUCUCAAAAGUGAUCUGGAAAAGGAAAGAUCAAAUUAUGGAACAUUGGAGAAAGAGUUUGAGGAUCUCAAAAGUGAUCUGGAAAAGGAAAGAUCGAAUUAUGGAACAUUAGAGAAAGAGUUUGAGGAUCUCAGAAGUGAUCUGGAAAAGGAAAGAUCAAAUGCUGGAGUAUUGGAGAAACACUGUAAGGAUCUCAAAAGGACUGCAGAAACUUUGGAAAUUCAAUUCAAAGAAAUGGAAUGUUGUUUUGAAACAGCAAGAAUGGAAAACGAAGAAAGAAAAGCACAGUGUAAACAACUUCAAAAAGCGCAUGAAAAUGAAAAGACAGCAUUUGAAGAUGAGAUUGUGUCUUUAAAAGCUUUAAUUACACAGGAAAGGACCAAUUACUUUGAAAGAGAUGAAAUAUUUACACAAAAUUUUGACAGUGUUAAUAAAGAGUUGGAAACAUUGAGAAUUAAAGAUCGAAAUUAUGAGGAACUGCAAGUGCAGUAUAACCAGCUGGAGGCGAUUCUUGAAGUUCUCAACCAGCAAGCCAAUUAUGAUAGCGAAUGUCAUGAAAUGGAAAAAUCUGUCAUGACAGGACGUAUGGAGCAGAUGUCCACAGUCUUUCAAAAUGAACGCCAAGAGCUUAUCAGUAAGUGUGAAAAACUUCAGGAAUCAUUGGCAAGUGUGGAACAAAAUCUGGACUCACUGAAUCUGGAAUAUCAGACAAAGUUUAAAGAUUAUUGUAUGGAAAAAGAGGAGUUUGAACAAUACCUUCAAAGUCAGGGAUUGGAAUUAGAAGCAUCUUUCAGCAAGGAGAAGGCCUGUCUGGAGGAACAAUAUGAACAACUAGAAAGGGAUAAACAUAGCAUUGUGGAAGGCAUUUCAAAACAACAAGAGCAGGUGGAGGCUGAAAACAGAAGUCUGGAUCAUAAAAUAGUAGCCAUGGAAGUUGAAAUGCAGAAUCUAAAAGAUAAUAUACAAUGUUAUAAAGAGGAUGCACAAAAUCUAAAGGAUGACAAGCAAUGUUUGGAGGAGAAAAUUCGGACAGUUGAAUCACAACUUGAUCUACAAAAGAAAGAGGAGCUUUCAACUCAAGAAAAGUUUGAAUCUACAAAACAAAACUUUAAAAUGCAGAUAGAAAACUUGACUACAACUCUGGAAGCAGAAAUAGAAUCCUUGAAAGCUGAUAAAGAAGAAAUAGUCCACAAGUUAAAUCAGGAGAUGAUCGAUAAGGCAAAAGCGGAACAGAAAGGAUUUGACAUGGAAAAAGCAGAAAUGGCACUGCAGUCAGAAGUCACACAGUUGAAGGAAAAUUAUUCGGUUCUGGAAGGGAAAAUCUGGGAAAUGCUGAUAUCCAAUGGUAAUGAUGUCACCCUGCAGGAUAAGGAUAUUAUUCACUUGUUAACGGAACAUUCCAAUGACAUUAUACAGAUGAAAUCAAAACAUGACAAGGAAAUAGAGUCGGUGAAAGCUGAUUGUGUGAAAAUUUCAAAAGAUUUUGGUAGUCUGCGCCAAGAGAGGGAUAUACUGAUUGCAAAAUUAGACAGUAGUGAAACUGAUGCUGAAAAACAGGUUUCACAAAUGAAGGAGGGGAUCAGAUUUCUGUCUGGUCAAGUGAAAGAGUUGGAGCUUAACUUAGAUGAUCAAGUCCAAAAUCAUUUAAAAGAAAAAGAGAUGCUGGAAGCAAUGUACAAAGAAUUACAAGACAAAAUGACCUUCAAGCAAGACAGGAUGGAUGCACUUGACACAGCAUUAGAUCUAGCAAAAAGGAGAUGUGAGGAUUUGGAGAAGGCAAAUCUGGAGGUAACAGAACAAUCUAAAAACUCUAUGGAAAAGAUGGAAUCCACCCAGAAAGAAAACUUGGCUCUGAUCGAGAAUUUCAAACAAUGUGUGCAGGAUUUGGAAGAGGAAUUGAAAAUAGUUCACAGACAGGUUGAAGAUUCUGACAAGCGAAAUAUUGAAUUGGAAAAAAGUAUUGAAAGUUUUCAGGAAGAAUUAACAGACUUGACGGAGAGUAAAGACUUUUAUCAGGCUGAGCUUGCAUCAGCAACAGAAAAUUUGAGACUGGCAGGAGAUAUCAGGCAGAGUCUUAAUACUGAAAUUGAAAGUUUGAAGAAUGAAGUGGAUGCUUUGACAGUCAACAAGAAUGACCUUCUUAGCCAGCUAGAAACACUUAAAAAUAACAUGACAGACAACGACAGUAUGAGUGAAGAUUUCCUCAAUGACUUCAAAUCUCUUACUGCUGAACGGGAUGGAGAAAUAUCCAAAAAUAAGGAACUUCUGUCACAAUUGAAGCUUCGCAACGAACGAUGUGAAAAGUUGGUUAUAGCUCGAGAACAUCUUUUGAAGGAGUUGGAUGCUUCAGAGCAACUAAGAACACGAUUAGAAAAAGAAUAUGAAUGUAUGAAACAGGAAAAUCAGGAAUUGAUUCAAGAAUGUGCUAUAAUGAAGGAACAAGCUUUAACAGGUCAUGAGGCACUGGUACAGAGGAGUCAGACUCUGGAGGCAAAGAAUGAAUCAUUAGAAAAGGAGAUAGUAAAACUGGAGGAGAAACUGUCACAGAUUGGACAAGAACGAGACAGGCUGGUUAAAAUCCACGAGACAAUGGUGGAAGAUCUGUCAGAAAUGCAGCAUAAAUAUGAAACUGUUCAAUCAUUGAUGGAGGACACAAAAAAGGAGUGCAAUAAAGAGAUAGAUAAGCUUAGAGCACAGCUUGGAAAUGUCAACUCUGACAUGGCAGCUAUGAAAUCUUCUCUACAACUGCUUGAGGAUGAUCUUGAUGUCUCGCAUGAUCAAAAAACACAACUUAUCCUGAGGCUGUCACAGGAGGAAAACAGGUUGCAUGGAUUGACUGCAGAAAAACACCUAAAUUCAGAGGAGGAUUCAUCUAAGUCUGAGAAGGACAUGAGGAAUCAAAGAAUGGCUUCAGGCUCCCAGCAGAAUUAUGCAGAGGUCUCAGAAUUACUGGAGGGUAACGAAGAGGAAGAACAGGUUUCAUCAUCUGGAUUCUUUCAAGAAGAGCCUGUCUUAGAUGCAGACACUGUGGCCCAUUAUGAAAAAUGUAUCAAUGAAUUAAAAACAGAUCUUGAUUAUGCCAAGUUGGAAAAUCAACACAACCAGGAAUCCUUUGAACAGGAAGUGAUAAAAUUAAAAAAGAAAAUUGAGGAUCUAGAAAAAAGGAAAGAUGAUAAUUUUGAAGAUAGAAUUUUCACUGAGAAUGAAAGUUCAGGAUGUUUGCAACAUGAUGCUGGUGUGGAGAACACAUCCUCACAAGUUGAAGAAUCAUCUGCACAGGAGAGGGAGGGUGAGAUAGAAGCAAGAGUUGAAGAGUGUGUUACAAGACGGCUUGAAGGAAUGAAAUAUGAAAUGGAAGAAAAAAUAGCACUUCAGGUCAGAAGUAAAGAGGCAGAAGUUGCUGACAAAUAUGACAAAGAAUUCAAGAAAUAUAAGAAGGAUAUGGAAGUUUAUCUGAAGCAUAAAGUUGAGACUAUUCGUGCAGAGAAGGAUACAGCCUUCCUUAAGGCCAUGCAGAAAGUCAACAGGGAUGCUGAUAAACGGAUAAAAAAAGAGCUUGAGAGACAAAGACUCAAGCUUCUGGAGGAGAGAGCUAAUGAGGCAGGUGAUGGAAGCACUGAAGAGGGCAAAAUGGGGACUCAGAUUGGAGAGGUUGUCCAGAAGCUACAUCAAGAGAAUCAGGAACUGGCUGAGGCAAGGGACGCCCUUCUCAAGCAAGUAGCACAAUCUCACCGCAAUCAGGAACGCCUUCAAGAGGAACUACGCAUCAUGCGGGGAGAUGAUGACAGUAUCCAGUCUGACUUUCCUGACAACAUACCUGGAGAAAGCAUUGUGAGUGAGGGUGGGGACUACAUUCAGGAAUCAGACAUGGAUAUUGACCAGUCAAAGUUCUCUCAUCAUUUGUAUGAUAGCACAUCACUGAUGUUUGACUGGGAACUGUCACCACAACUUUCCUUUGACUAUGGCCGUGAGGAAGGUGAUUCGCUUGAUUUUGUGGAACAUUUUGAGUGCAGGAGACCUCGUUGUCGUCUCAUUCGACAAAAGUUUCAGGAAUUAUAUGAUGCUUUGCCUGGCAGUGGUUCUGGAUCAUCAGUCAUUGAGGAUCUGGAAGAGGAACGAUCAGGAUUCAAACAGGAAGACAUUAGAAUUAUAGGUCCUGACGUUGAGUCUAAUUCAGAAACGCAGACAGAGACAAACUCAAAGGAAGGCAGCUUUCAUCCUGAAGAAAAUCAUUUAUCCAGUGAACAAACUGAAUCUUUUACGCGUACAAAGUCUGCUAACAAGCUCCCUAUUGAAACCCCAGAGACAGCUGUUGAAUCCUUUGAUUCCAAAGUCGAAAAUGUCAGCAAUGCUGUUAAUACAUCCAGGUUUUUUCUUCAAAAUGAGAGUAACAAUCAUAAUCAUGAUUUUCUUCAACAUGAUACCAAACUUCCAGAGACAGAAAUAGACAAAUUACUGACAACUGAAGGAGAAGUAGGGUUUAAACCUGAGGAAGACUUUGAGGAUGUUGAUGAAAAUGUGAUAAGUAAAGGUCAAGGCCCUAGGAGUGAAUUUUUACCUGAGGGUGAUGUAGUGAGGAUUAACGAAGGGAGAGAGGUAGAGGAGUUCAUAGUAGAUGAUGUGUUUGAGUCUUCCAUACAUGGAAAUAUAUGCAAAGAAACUGAAUCAGAUUCUGACUUGAGAAAAGUUAAAAUGGAAGAGAAAACACUGGAUGACCAGGUGAUUAUUCCUGAGAAUGUUCCUGACUGUGAUAAUAAGCCACUUACAGAGGUAGACAAGUUUAAGCCAGAGAUUGGAGUUCAAGUUGAGUCCUCUGUCCAGUGUCCAUCUGGAGUGGAAAUCAAGGAGGGAUUCACCAGGGAGUUUGAUGAAUUUGAAAAUGAGGAUAUGUUUGAGGCUGGUGAUGGAUUCAAGCCUGAAGGAGAUGGCUUUAGUCUUGACCAGGAUCUGGUAGGCGACAUUAUGCCCAUUACUCCUACCAGUGAACUUGAGAGUGAACUUGUCAGGGAGGCAUUACGUAGCGCUGCUCAAAUCAGUGCUCCUCAAUAUGUACAAAAGACAAAAAGAUAUUUGUCUACUGCCCCUGCGAAAAAUGAGCCAAGCACAACCAAUAGUCAUCAAGCUCUAAAGCGGUCAAAGUCUGCACCGUCUUCUGAUGGUUUUAUUGAAGAGUGUGAUGAGGCGAGGGAAGAGAAAUUGAUCCAGUCAGUUGACUCUGGUAUGAUCUUUAUGGAGGGGAUGCAGGAAGGAAUUGAAUUUGAUAUGUCUAAACCCCUUCAGGAAGAGGACACUGCCGUAAAACAGGAAAACAUAAAUCCGGGAAUGUCAAUGGAAAACAAACAGGAAACUGACCUAGAAACUAUACAGAGACUGAAAAAAGACAAGAAAAUGCUUGAGAAAAAGGUUGCCUGUCUCCUUAAAGAGAAACAAUCACUGACAGACAAACAGCAGGAAAUGACUUUACAGUUGGAAAAUGAAUCUUUAUCUCGUCAACACUUUGAGCAGGAAUUGAUAGGUAUUAGUGAUAAUUUUGAAAAAUUGGCCGUCAAAACUACUAAUCCCAAUACUGCUGCUGUAACAGAGUCUGAGAACAAGGAAAAAGAUGAUGUCAUCAGCAAUCAGGAAAUUAAAUCCAAAUGUGAAGAUUUACAAGGUGAGAUUUUUAGUUUAGAAACAUCCCUCUCAGAGAAAGAAGAGUUGCUGAUGCUACAAAGACAAAAUUUUGAUGACGAGAAUAAAUCUCUUUUAAGGAAAGUCCAGAAUUUGGAAGAAAGUCUCAAUUCUGAACUGUCCAGUUCUUCCAAAGCUAAAAGAGAUUUCGAACAGGAGACAUCGGUGCUUCGUCAAAGAAUUAUUGAAAUGACAUCUGUCCUGGAGAAGGACGACGGAAAGAUAGAUCUUGAUCAACAGGUGGAUUCGCUAGAAUCACAAGUAAAGGAGCUGGUGUCUGAUAAAGUCAAGCUACAGCACAGAUGUAAGGAUUUGGAAUCAAUGUUGAGAGAGACUCAAAUGGUUGCUCUGAAAGAGAAAACAGAACUUGAUAAGGAGCUUGAAUCUAUUGAAGGUCGUACACUAAUGCUGUCAUCAGCUAACCAGGAUUUAAAGUCUAAAUGUAUUGAAAUGUCACAUCUUCAGGCAAAUUGGACUGAGGAGAAAAAACAAUUGAUAGACGAAAAAUUAGCGCUGGAAGCUCAUUUAGAUGAAAUCAUGGUCGAUCGUCAAAAUCUCCAAACAACCUGUCAUGACCUUGAAGAUUUUGUUAAAAGGUCAAAAGAUGCUUCGGCUACUAUGGAAAUGCAAUUGAAAACGCUAGAGGAUGAUUUAUGUGAAAUGACUGCUGCUAAACAGGAACUUCAUCUGCACUGUAUGGAGCUGGAGAAUAGACUUAAUGUACAGGAAGGAUAUUCUGUGAUGGGAAACUCCUCCAGGGAACAUAAAAGUAUGCAAACUGAAAUUGGUCAGUAUCCUGAGUCUGCACAAGAGAACUCUGGUGAGAAAAGUGCUGCAGAGCUUAUAGGGGAUUAUGUCCCUGAUACACGGAUUGAGGAACUUGAAAAGUUGUUGAAGGAAAAAGAACAACGUAUGAAUAAGCUAGAGGAAGAAUUGAAACAGGUUGUGUCAUCAACUAAAAAGCAGAAGGAAUUUUUGCAGGUGAAAUCAGAAUUAGAACAGACACUAAGAGAGAAAGACAAUUACAUACGGAAACUUGAGGAGCAUUUUCUGAGACAAGGACCAUUCACCAUACCAACAAGUGGGCCGUCCAUAGAGCCAUUGGAAACAGGAAGUGAGAAUGCAUCGUCAAGUGGGGACAGUGUUGUACCCCAGGUUCUGGUGGAGAAUGUUGAGGAUCUACAACCUCAAGGUCAUAGUACCAUUGCAAGUGUUGGUGAUGAUCAUUCAGAACAUCCCAGUGAUGUAGAAAUGCAUAUAGAAGAUCUAGCUGACCACUCAGCGGUCAGUGUAGGUGACCUCUCCCAUGUCAGUGCAGGUGACCUCUCCCAUGUCAGUGUAGGUGAUCAGAGUGAACUGUCCACUGCUAAUGCUGUUUUGCAUGCAGUACCACAAAAUAAACAGAUUGGCAGCAAACCAAUUUCAGAACAAGGUCCAAAACUUGUGGCAGCUAUAUCACAUUCCAGUCCAAUCGCAUCCCCUAAAAUUGUCUCCCCUCGCGCCCCAUCCACUUGUUCAAACACAGGCAGCUUUAACAGUACGGAGAGACUACAGGCUGGGUUUGUAACCGAGGAUGAUGGUCGUCUCGAAUCUAAACAUUUUGAACUGGUAGAUGAGAUUGCAAGGUUAAGGAAAGACUUAAGUGAAACAAAAGCAAUUUACACUAAAGAAAAUGUUUUACUCAAGGAGGCUCUUGAUAAAGAGGGUUCGUCUCGCGAUGCUACCAAAAGUAAAUCAAGUGUUAGCUCCACAAGUUUUGAUUCGGAUUCGUGUCACGAGGUAACUAGACUACGACAAAAGGUCGGUACUUUAGAGGAAACUAAUAAAAUGCUUCAAAUUGAAAAUGAACGGUGGUUACGUCAGAUACAAGACCAAGAACAGGUUGUAAUUGAACUCCGUGAAUUAUUAGGGAGAGAUGUUCCAACCACUGAACACACUGAAAGUGUGUUUGGCAAACAGAUUGCACUCUUACAAAACCAGAGAGAUCAUCUUCUAGAAAAGAUUCACGAAUUUGAAACGAAAAAUCAAAGAUUGACACGCAAAUUGGGUGACAAUAGUAUUUUGGAAGAAAGCUUAAGACGAGAAAAAGACUUGCUGUAUGCCAAGUUGUGUGAGAAGGAAGAUUUAGAACGUGAAUUAUCAGAGAAACGAUUAGCACUGGAGAAACAACGGCACUCGCAGGAACAACUGGAAGAAAUUUUGUAUCAUAAAAAUAUAACAGAGAAGGAACUGAUGAGACAGAAACGACUUCUGGAGGAGGAACUAACGGAGAUUGAAUCAAAGCUUCAAGAAAAAGAAGAGCUCCUAGAGAGACAGAAAAAUACUCUUCUGAAGGACAUCAAACGGAGGGGCUCUUCCCCACCAAAAUUAUUAUCUGGAAGUUUCAGUGUAGCAUUGAACGAUGAUGGAUCUCCAGCAUCUUCUACUUUCUAUCUGGAGGGAACUCCGUCAACAUCAACUCCAAAAAAAUCUGACACAAAUGCAACACCACGUGAACUUGGCCGUCUUGAACUGCAGGUUCAGGAGGCCGAACGUCAGCAUGCAAGUGCAAUUCAGAAUUUAAGACAGAGUCUAGCUGUGAACAAUGCGGGCCAACAGAGAGACACUAGGCAGCGGUAUGGAGGACUUGUGGCGUCACUCAGGACAGAACACUUACACAAGGUGCCCGAAUCCUAG